ACAGUUCAUUGUAAAAAAAGGAAGGAAUUUUGCAACCAUGUCAUACAAGGCAUGCAGGAUAACUUGAAAGUUGGAAAGAGAGAAAAGCAUAUAUUUCCAUGUUUAGAAUUUUUUUUCUUCCAUGACAAACAAUUCUCAGUUUGUAUUCCCUUCCUAUCAAUCUUUCUUUUAAAUUGGCCAUUGCAACCAUAACCUUUUUCCAAUCUUCAUCCCAAAAAAAUUAAAAAAAAUAUGGGGAUCACCAAAUUUCUCUUUAUUCUCAUUCUCUUACCUUUCUACCAAGUUCUCUGUCAAUAUGAAUAUGAAACUUUCCAUCCAUAUCAAAGAUCCCCUACUCUUGAUCCUCAUGCUAUGAUCAUUCAAGCUUGCAGCAACAUCCAAAACCAAGCAUUAUGCCUCUCACACAUACAAUCCAAUCUUGAUGAUCCUGUCCACAGGGACCCCAAUUCAAUCCUCAAGGCAGCCAUUCAAAACUCCCUCAAUCAAGCUAAGUUAACCAUUCAAUCCAUCACAAAAUUUAGCACCUUAUCAGCUUCAUCCAGGGAUCAAAUGGCCAUCGAGGAUUGCCAAGAACUUCUCGAUUUCUCAGUCACUGAACUAGCAUGGUCCUUGGGUGAAAUGAGAAAAAUCCGAGCUGGUUCAAAGAAUGUUCAUUACGAGGGGAAUCUCAAGGCAUGGCUGAGUGCUGCAUUGAGCAAUCAAGACACAUGCUUAGAAGGAUUUGAAGGCACAGACCGACACCUCGAACAUUUCAUCAAGGGAAGUUUAACACAAGUAACACAACUCAUUAGCAAUGUUCUAACUUUGUAUGUUCAAUUGCAUAGCCUACCAUUUAAACCACCAAGAAAUGACAACAUAACAUAUGAAAAUCAAAAGUAUCCACAGUGGAUGACAAAAGGUGACAAAGAUUUGCUAGUUUCUAAUCCAAAUGGAAUGCAUGUAGAUGCUGUUGUAUCCUUAGAUGGAAGCGGCCGUUAUCGGUCGAUUGCACAGGCUAUAAAUGAGGCUCCAAGCUAUAGUAACAGGAGAUAUGUGAUCUAUGUGAAGAGGGGAAUUUACCAUGAAAAUAUUGAUUUGAAGAAGAAAAAAACCAAUAUCAUGCUUGUGGGAGAUGGCAUUGGAGCCACUGUCAUUACUGGUAACAGAAAUUUCAUGCAAGGAUGGACAACUUUUAGAACUGCAACUGUCGCUGUUUCGGGCAAGGGAUUUAUUGCAAGAGACAUAACAUUUCGCAACACUGCCGGGCCUAAAAACUUUCAAGGUGUGGCCCUUCGUGUGGAUUCGGACCAAUCGGCCUUUUUCAGGUGCAGCAUGGAAGGAUAUCAAGACACGCUUUACGCCCAUUCACUCCGUCAAUUCUAUCGAGAAUGCAACAUUUAUGGCACCAUAGAUUUCAUUUUUGGCAAUGGUGCUGCAGUUCUUCAAAACUGCAAGAUUUAUACUAGACCUCCACUUCCUUUACAGAAGGUAACAAUCACGGCCCAAGGUCGAAAAAGCCCAGAUCAAAGCACUGGAUUUUCGAUUCAAGAUAGUUACAUUUAUGCCACUAGGCCCACUUAUUUGGGCCGGCCCUGGAAAAUGUAUUCAAGGACUGUUUACAUGAAUACUUACAUGAGUGGAAUGGUCCAGCCCAGAGGAUGGUUGGAGUGGUAUGGGAACUUUGCUUUGAAUAGUUUGUGGUAUGGUGAGUAUAAGAAUUAUGGGCCUGGAUCAUCACUUUCGGGUCGGGUUACGUGGCCCGGUUACCACAUUAUCAAAGAUCCUUCAUCGGCUAAUUUUUUCACUGUUCAACAUUUCAUCGACGGCAUGUCGUGGUUGCCGGCCACCGGCGUCCAGUUCUCAGCUGGUCUUACUAAGUAGGCUGCAGUAACGUAUAGUUAUAGUUUAAUUGUUUUCAUUAUUUUAUAUAAUAUAUUGUAUAUUAUUCAAAAUGGCAUUUUAUUGAAGAGCAAUAGUUAUACCCUACCACACAUAUUUUAUGCAGUUAAACUGCAAUAAAAACUACAUUGAAUGUUUAGGAAUACUGCAAAAUGUGUAUGCUUUGAUUUUUAGAAACAUGCCAUUACUUCUUAUUAAUAUAUAUCAUACAGCUGUCUAUGAUUAAA